UAUUAGAACUUAGUGUUGAUUUAAUGAUUUUAUUAAAAUUAUAUCGUUAUGUCAGUAAAUUAUAUCAAAUUUUUAAGGUCAAAUAAUAUUAUUAUUGUGUUUAAUACUUCGCCCACUUUUCACCUCACAUUAGAAACAUCCAUGCCACGUCAGUAGAUAGAAUCCAAUCCAACCAAUCAAACCUAUCCCGAGCAGAUAACCCAUUUCUCUAUCCAUCAUCCUUGCCCUGCUAUACAUUAUCUAAAUCCCUGACCCCUCCACAAACACGAACCACACAAAUCCCACCUCAGAUUUCUACCUUACCCACGUAUUAAACUCCAUCCAUCCUCUUUUUCUUCUCCAUUUUCGGUUCACAUAUACUCUGAAGACACACUAGGCAGUACUAAACUUCUUCAAUGGCUAGUGUCACCUCUGCUGCCGUUGCCAUCCCAUCGUUCACCGGACUUAAGGCUGCCUGUGCGACCACUUCAAGAGUUAGCAGCACCACCGCUAAGGUGGCUGCGUCUCCGGUCCCGAGGCUCGCCGUGAAGGCGUCACUGAAAGAAGUGGGUGCUGUUGUUGUUGCUACUGCAGCUAGUGCAAUGCUUGCCAGCAAUGCCAUGGCCCUGGAGGUCUUGCUCGGUGCUGAUGAUGGAUCUUUUCUUUUCAUUCCAGCCAACUUUUCAGUGGCUUCUGGAGAGAAGAUUGUGUUCAAGAACAACGCUGCUUUCCCUCACAAUGUUGUGUUCGACGAGGACAAAGUUCCGGCCGGCGUCGAUGCAGCGAAGAUCUCCAUGAGCGAGGAGGACCUCCUCAAUGGACCAGGAGAGACCUACUCGGUGACCUUGACCGAAAAAGGCACUUAUACUUUCUACUGUUCACCUCACGUGGGAGCAGGCAUGAAGGGCGAAGUGACAGUCAACUAACGUUGUUUGUAUGAUGAUUAAAAAAAAAAAUAAAAAUCUGAAUGUUAGUCGUUUCAUUUUUCUAUUUGGUCCAGUUGUUUUUGAAUUUUGGAAGAGUUAAAUAUGGGUCUUACUGUUGGGAUUGGAAAAUAAAUCGUUUAUGAACUUUAUAAUUUCAUUUUUGUGUAACAUUGUUGUUAUACUUGGUAGUGAAAUAUGAAAAUGGAAUGCUCAUCAUAAAGUUAAAUAUAUAUAUAUAUUUAUUCU